GGGACACCUGCCAGUCUGCCACCACCGAGUGACUCGAUCGAGCGCGCAUCUGUCCCUCCCCUCCACAGCACCUCGUCCAACCCUAGCCGCCACGGGCAGGAGACGGCGCAGAGCACCUCGUCCGCCGGCCGCCGGCCUCCCCACCGCCGCGAACCGUCAACCUCGUCCGUGAAUCGACCACCGCAGCAAGCAGGCGGCGUCGAUUCUCUGUCUGCCCCACCACCUCUUCAGCCGCCGCCGCCGCCCCUAAUCAGCGGGCGGAGAUGAAGCCAGUGGUGGGUAUCGUGGUGUCGAACAAGAUGCAGAAGUCGGUGGUGGUGGCGGUCGACCGCCUCUUCCACAACAAGGUGUACAACCGCUACGUCAAGCGCACCUCCAAGUUCAUGGCGCACGACGAGGCCGAAGGCUGCAACAUCGGCGAUAGGGUUAGGCUGGAUCCUUCUAGGCCAUUGAGCAAAAACAAGCAUUGGAUUGUUGCCGAGGUUCUUCGAAGAGCUAAGAUGUAUGUUCCGCCGCCACCUGCACCAAAAGCUUCUGGUGCUACAACUCAACAAAGUAGCAGCAAGUCAUCUGUUUAAAGAUCCUCAGAGGCAAACACAUACAUGUCUUUCAGAAUGUCUCUUCUUUACUGACUGACGGCAUGUCCAGAGAACCAUCUCAUUGAAUAAACAACGGCUGCUACAAAAUGUUGUUUUUUUGUGGUGCUCGUCAUGUUCAGCUUAUCAGUUUAUUCAUUUGCGGUCAAAACUUGGUGAUCGAGAAUUUAUGUUGGACCCUAUACCUUCGAGGUUGCCCCAGCAAAAUUCAUAGGUACUCCCUCUGCAAAGAAAUAUAGGACCGUUUAGAUGCUCUUAUAUUUCUUUACGGAGGGAGUACAACCUAAGCAUUUCCUAAUAAUAGUUCUCCGUACAUGGUGGAGGCCGUGGUGGCGUCCAUGGCGGAGCUGAGACCCUGGCAUGGGAGAGAGCUGCCGGCCAUGGGAUGUCACUGGUAGCUAGUGUGCUCAUUGUGACUUGCUGUCGCAAUUUAUGGCAGCAGAAUUGCAAGUUUGCUCACGUUUGUUGAAUGUACCCGCGCUUGGAUAUAAUGCUGUUAAUGUGGGCCAUUCUUGUAAAACGUUUGUUCUUCACAUGGUAUCUUCUUUUCUUGUGGAUCA